CGAUAAAGCCGAGCGAUAAGAGAUCCUCGCUGUUCGACAGCAAUGUCUCCACGUGGAGUGAAGUUGUUGGCCGCCGUGGGCAUGGCAACAAUGGGCAUCGCCAUUGAUGCUACUAAGAGAAGGUUGCGAACGUGCAUGUUGGAGAUGGAAAUUAGGUUUUGCCGCUGUUGGGUCUUCUUGGAUACCAGAGGGACAGAUGAUGACUUGGAAGAAGCAAGAUGUUGGCACAGCCAAGCAAGAUUGUGAUACAAAAGAAUGGUACAGUCCUGGUUGUCUUUCUCUGGUGUUGGCUUUCAGUCGUGGGAAUGGGCGACGCAUUUAUCCACAGUUCUGGAUGCAAGACAAGGAGUUUCGACCGUCAUCACAUUACAUGCCCAUUUCCACCUUCCAUCCACGGCGCUUCAACCCGCAGCGGCCUUCUUGACGAUAACCGCCUUUGAGGCCACCGAGGCGACGCGGCGCGCAUGGAACGAGCAUACGCUGUGGUUCCGUCAUGCGCAUGUUGCGCGAUCAUUGGAGGAGCGAUGUGAGGGCAUAAUCUCUCGUACACCAAUUCGGCAAGGUGAAACGCGAGAGCCAAUGCAACUGGAACACAAGGCGUUAGGCGAGACUUUGUGGAUGCCUAGUGAUGCGAUGUGGAGGAGCGAAAAAUUGCCUGGCAUUUUCAUCACACUGAGUUGUCACAUUGGAAGCGCUGAAAGGGCACACUACAAGGCAAUCCUGUAAACAUGCGAUAUCUAUAUUAGCGAUGUGACGUGGCUUGGCGGCGUUUUGCACCUCAAUCAAGGACGAAAUGAUUGGCUUUCCGCAGUCGGUACCUUACGCCAAUCAACCGUUCCCGCGACCUGGUCACAACUCUUCUACGCACGUGAUGUGCAUCAGCGCUACGCUUUCUUCUAUACCUUUGGCGGAAAUUCACAGAACUCCAAUUCACAACGUGGUUAUGAGAGUUCUAGUGAUGAUGUUGCUAUGGCGUUCUAUUGUUCUUGAAUUGGUGGCGUCUAUACCCCUGUUUGGCAUACCCAGUUAGCGGGACUUCCCCUGAUGAUGCAAUCAUCCUAUUGUACAAUACUUAGCAAUCUUGUUGUAAAAUAUUAGCAAAUCCCAAUGAGACUUAUUCAGUUUACUUGGCC